AUGCUUUUAAUUCAUCAAAAGGGAGAAAAUCGCGAUGGCUAUCCACGCCCUCCACACGCCACCGUUGUCGAUGUCGUUCCCCGGAUUCUCUCUGGUGUCGUUGCAGCCGUCCUCCUCCUCUCUGCCACCGCCGCAGCUCCAGAUUUCUGCAACAGCCUUCGUCUUGUAGAAAUAUGGAGCCUUCGUGAAAAGAUUUCUUCAACAACAUCGAUUUCACCAGAUUUCUCCAGAUCUCGGCCGAAUUGGUAUUCGUGUCCGUUUCGUCAAAAAUUGGCCUCGCAAUUCUCUAGUGGCCUUCUCAUGCCAGUAACCUUGCCCCGGUGUAGUGUACCAAUUGGCUCGGACUGCAAUGAUAGUAAUGUUUUUAUCGCUGCUUUUGCGGAGUAUUUCAUUUCAGAAGAGCCCAUUGAGGUUGAUACCUUUGACAUUGAGAGUGAGCGGCUAAGUUAUUGUUAG